AUGGCCCAGAAAUCCGAGCCCAUCCUUAUCAUCGGCGCCGGCGUGUUCGGCCUGUCAACCGCCCUCGAACUGACCAAGAGAGGAUACACCAACAUCACAGUUCUCGACCGCCACGUCCCUCCGGUUGUCGAUGGAAGCAGUGUAGACAUCUCGCGCAUUAUCCGCGCCGACUAUGCCGACCCAAUCUACGCCCAGAUGGCCCUCGAAGCCUACAAGGGCUGGACGAGCACCUAUGCCGACUUCUACCACCAGUCGGGCUUCAUCCUCCUCUCUGAAACAACCAACAACAAAUACAUCCAGGGCUCGAAGCAAAACAUCAUCGACAAGGGAGGCCACGUCGAUGAGUUCUCCGAUAUCAGCCAGAUGCGACGUCUCUACCCAAGCAUCGAGGCCAACCUCCCCUCCGCCGAGGGCUACCACAACCCAAUAGGCGGAUGGGCAGACGCAGCAGGGAGCAUCGGCCGUCUCGCCUCUGAAUGCAGCGUCGCAGGCGUAUCCAUUAUAACAGGCCGCCGGGGAACAGUCCACUCGCUUCGCAGAUCCUCAAACCGCAUUGUUGGCGUCAAUCUCGCAGACGGAUCCCACCUCCUCGCAGCCCAGGUCAUUCUCGCCACGGGCGCCUGGUCAAACCGCCUCCUUGAUCUAUGCCAUACAGCGUCGUCCUCGGGUCAACCCGUUGGCUUUAUCCAGCUCACGCCCGAGGAGGCGUCCAAGUUCGCCAAACUCCCCGUCAUGAUCAACAUGACAACAGGCGUGUUCUCGUUCCCGCCUACGCCGGGGACUAACAUCCUCAAACUCGCCCGGCACGGCUACGGGUUCGCUACGGAAGUGCGUUCUGAAGCAACAGGGAGUGUGAUUUCUGGUCCUAGACGCGACGGCAGUAAUGCGUCGUCCGGGUAUCUCCCUGAUGACGCGGACGCUGCGCUUCGCGAUGGCCUGCGUGGGUUCUUCCCUAGUCUGGGGGAGCGGCCUUGGAUGAAUCGCAGACUGUGUUGGUAUACGGAUACGCCGACUGGAGAUUUUAUUAUCGAUCGGCAUCCCGAGUUAGAAGGGUUGUUUGUUGCUACGGGUGGUGCUGGACACGCUUUUAAAUUCCUCCCCGUCCUUGGAAAAUAUGUUGCGGAUUGCUUUGAGAACCGUGGCCCUAGUGAACUUCGCCAGAAGUGGAAGUUGAAGACGCCGACGAAUGGGUCUGGGUCUGUUGUUAUGGCUGGAGAUGGGAGUCGUGGUGGACCGCCUUUGAGGAAGUUGUCUGUGCAGGAGCAGUCGAAGCUGUAG